AUGUUCAACGGUUUAAACUCUAAAUAUGAACAUCUCCAAACUAUUCUUCCUCCGCAACGUCCCUUCCCGACGUUCGUCGAAGCUCGAAGUCAGCUCAUUCUCGCCGAGAUCAACAAGGGCUCCUCCAACCUCUCCACCAUCUCCUCCAUUGCCCUCAUUGCUGCUACCGGUGGUGGGAAUCGCAGUGGCACCGGUGGCAUGAACCCGGCGCACUCCACAGGGUUUGGGAACCCAAAUCAAGGUGGCAGUAGCACACAAGGUGGCAGCGGCAACAACAAAAAUCGGUGCUGCCGCAAGUCACGCAACGGCGGCGACAACAACAACGGCAAUGGCAGCACCACUCAAGGCACCGACAGCCAAGGAACAGCCACAUUAUUCUGCUUCUCACUGCUGCUUUUCUGCUCUGAUGCUCUGGUGUCUCCAGAGAGCAGCAGCAGCAGUGCCACUGCCAAAGCCGAUGAGCUUGCUCUGCUCUCCUUCAAGUCAGUGCUCACAUCAUCCGAGGGCUUGCUGGCAUCAUGGAACAAGUCCAGCCACUACUGCAGCUGGCCAGGAGUAGCCUGCAGCCGGCGGCACCCUGAGAGGGUCAUCUCACUGAGGCUGGGCUCUUCUGGCCUCUCUGGGCACCUCUCACCAUUUCUGGGCAACCUGUCCUUUCUCAAGGUCCUGGAUGUUCAUGACAACCUCCUAGUUGGGCAGAUACCUCCUGAGCUUGGCCUUCUCAGCAGGCUAAGGCUGCUUAACCUGAGCACAAACUCUCUCCAAGGUAACAUUCCUGUGGCUCUGGUAGGUUGCACCAAUCUCACCAUGCUUCACCUGAGUGACAACCGGUUUCAAGGUGAGUUCCCCACGGAGAUCGGUGCCAGCCUGAAAAGCCUUGUUCUUUUGAAUGUCGAGAAGAAUGGUUUCUCUGGAGAGAUCCCAAGCUCAUUGGCCAAUUUGCCUUUGCUCGAAGAGCUGAAUUUGAGAGUCAAUAGAUUCUCUGGUGAGAUACCAGCUGCCUUGGGCAAUCUCACCAACCUCUGGAUUCUUGGUCUCGACUACAACAGGUUGUCUGGUGCUAUACCUUCAUCUUUAGGAAAGUUGUCUGGUUUAUCUAGGCUCACAUUAAGCUCUAACAAUUUAACUGGGUUGAUACCCAGUUCUAUCUGGAACGUGUCAUCUCUACGGGCAUUCACUGUCCAGCAAAAUUCGCUAAGUGGAACCAUUCCUCCAAAUGCAUUCGAUAAUCUUCCCAGCCUCCAGCUUGUAGGAAUUGAUCACAACAAGUUCCAUGGCAGUAUCCCGGCAUCAAUUGGUAAUGCUUCUAAUCUGUGGCUGAUUCAGCUUGGUGCCAACUUGUUAAGCGGCAUUGUUCCUCCAGAGAUUGGAGGCUUAAGAAAUCUAAAGUUUCUACAGCUUUCAGAAACAUUGCUUGAAGCUAGAUAUCCAAAUGAUUGGAAAUUCAUAACUGCAUUGACAAACUGUUCCCAGUUUAAAAGGAUGUACUUGAGUAGUUGCAACUUUGGAGGAGUCCUUCCUGAUUCACUUUCCAAUUUGUCCAACUCUUUGACACAUCUCUACCUUGACACAAACAAAAUUUCUGGAAGCAUACCAAAAGAUAUUGAUAACCUCAUCAGCUUACAAGAACUUAAUCUUGAUAACAACUAUUUCACUGGAGAUCUUCCCUCCUCCAUAGGUAGGCUUCAAAAUCUGCAGCUUCUCUCCACAGCAAACAACAAAAUUGGUGGGUCCAUUCCAUUGACACUAGGUAAUCUAACGGAACUAAAUAUUUUACAACUCAAAGAAAAUGCUUUUAGCGGUAGCAUACCAAACAUUUUUAGAAACCUCACAAACUUGUUGACACUAAGCCUAGCCAGCAAUAACUUUACUGGUCAAAUUCCAAGCGAGGUAUUCAGCAUUGUCAGUCUCUCUGAAGGUUUGGAUAUUUCCAAUAACAAAUUGGAGGGAUCAAUACCACAACAAAUUGGAAAUCUGAAAAAUCUUGUACUGUUAGAUGCCAGGUCAAAUAAAAUAUCAGGUGAAAUUCCUAGUACCCUUGGUGACUGUCAAUUUCUCCAGAAUAUCUAUCUCCAAAAUAACAUGUUAAGUGGUAGUGUUCCAUCACUCCUGAGUCAACUGAAAGGCUUGCAAACCCUUGAUCUUUCAAGUAACAAUUUGUCUGGUCAGAUCCCCACAUUCCUAUCAAACUUUAGCAUGCUCAGCUAUGUCAACCUUUCGUUCAAUGACUUUGUUGGAGAAGUACCUACGCUUGGUGUCUUCUCAAAUGUUUCUGCAAUUUCAGUUCAAGGGAAUGGCAAACUUUGUGGUGGCGUGCCUGAUCUACAUUUGCCUAGAUGCCCAUCACAAGCACCACGCAAAAGGCGAAAAUUUCUGGUUAUUCCUAUUGUUGUGUCUCUUGUUGCAACGGUACUCCUGGUUUUAUUGUUCUACAAGCUUCUGGCUCUGUGCAAGAAAAUAAAAACAAUGAUGCCAUCAACCACAUCCAUGGAAGGCCAUCCUUUGAUCUCUUACUCAAAGUUGGCAAGGGCAACAAACAGUUUCUCAGAAACCAAUUUGUUGGGAUCAGGAUCAUUUGGUACUGUUUAUAGAGGAGAAUUAAACAACCAAGCUGGUCAAAGUAAAGAUAUUAUUGCCGUGAAAGUUCUGAAACUUCAAACUCCUGGAGCACUCAAGAGUUUCAGAGCUGAAUGUGAAGCACUGCGAAGCCUACGGCACCGGAAUCUUGUCAAGAUAAUUACAGCUUGCUCAAGCAUUGACAGCACCGGCAAUGACUUCAAAGCAAUUGUGUUUGACUUCAUGCCUAAUGGUAGCUUAGAAGACUGGUUGCAUCCUCACACAGAUAACCCAGAGUACUUAAAUCUUCUCGAGAGAGUUAGCAUACUACUUGAUGUGGCACAUGCGCUGGAUUAUCUACAUUGCCAUGGACCAACACCUGUUGUACAUUGUGACCUGAAACCAAGCAAUGUGCUUCUAGAUGCUGAUAUGAUAGCACAUGUUGGAGACUUCGGACUUGCUAAAAUUCUUGUUGAUGGCAACCCAUCGCUCCAACAGUCUAGAAGCUCAGUGGGAUUUAGAGGGACAAUUGGUUAUGCUCCUCCAGAGUAUGGAGCUGGAAAUAUGGUAUCAACUCAUGGAGAUAUUUACAGCUAUGGAAUUCUCGUGUUAGAAACGAUAACCGGGAAGAGGCCUACUGACAACAAGUUCACACAAGGAUUGAGCCUUCGUGAGUACGUUGAACUGGGCCUGCACGGUAAACUGAUGGAAGUUGUUGACACUCAACUUUUGGGCCUUGAGAAUGAGCUUCAUGCUGCGGAUGAUUCUUCAUACAGAGGAACGAUUGAUUGCCUGGUUUCACUACUCAGGCUUGGAUUGUCUUGCUCUCAGGAAAUGCCAUCAAAUAGGAUGUCAACCGGAGAUAUUACCAAGGAACUGAAUGCCAUCAAACAAUCUCUCUUGUAG